UUCUACUUCAGAGCGGGACUGAGACGAGAGUUGUACUUCUUUCCGCCCGGUGGUGCCACGCGCCGAAGUCUGCCACAAUGCCUCGAGGAUUCUUGGUGAAGAGAACCCGGCGGGGUUCGGCAUUGUACCGCUCACGAAAUAACAGCAGCAGCAGCAGCAACAACAACCCCGAAACACAUGACGGCGUCAGGAGCAGCGGCGACAGCCCAAGAGCGGCUAACCCGGGCAGCCACGAGCCGUGCGUCCUCCCGUUCCAACAGCCAGAUGGAGAGUUCCCGGGGUCCCGCGAGGAGGCGUGGAGCCCGCACGUGGAGUCCGCGCUGGAGGCGGAGGCGGACCGGCGCGCGCAGCUACCGGAGCCCGAAGAGCAGGUGAGACAGGUGGACGCCUCGAGUCCUGGUGAUGGUUUCUCCUGCUUCUUUCCACCUCCGCCUCCACACGACUUGACUUUAACCGAUUCCUGCAGCCCCAUUAAACCGAUAGGCGCCAGGCUGUUGGAGCAGCGCGAGGAAGGAGAACAACACUUGUUCCCUGGCAGCUGCCCCUCAUCAUCUCCGAUACCGGCGCUACCUGACCUGCCGUUCCUGGUGAGUUCCACGCCGACCUCAGUGUCCGCUUCUAUCGAGAGGCUCCUCGCAAGCAGCGGCCACCGCCACCACCACCACGCGCCGCCCUACGGCCAAGGCGAAAAAUAUGAUCCAAAUAUGACUCACGUGCACCUGUUCCCGCCACUAACACUGAUGAACCAGGAGCAGCAUCAUCCGGCGAGAAAACGCCCUUACCUUGAACCAGAUCACCGCAUGAACGUCGGCAGGCACAGCAAACAAUCUGCGGCCCACCCCCCGAAGAAACCCAAAGUCAACCGUAAACUUAACUUCGAGGAUGAGGUCACGACAUCCCCGGUUCUGGGUCUGCGGAUCAAGAAGGAGAGCCCAGAGCUGAGGAGGCAGCGCGAGAAGUCGUCUGCCCUCGCCGGGAAUCAGCCGCUGGGGGAGUUCAUUUGCCAGCUGUGUAAAGAGGAGUACCCCGACCCAUUUUCUCUCGCGCAGCACAAGUGCUCCCGCAUAGUGCGCGUGGAGUACCGGUGUCCAGAGUGCGACAAAGUCUUCAGCUGUCCCGCUAACCUGGCCUCUCACCGCCGCUGGCACAAGCCUCGCCCGGUAAACAGCCAAGGAGGAGAGACCCCCAUCAACAAGAGCCUGCCACUGAAGGAGGCGCGAGGGCCCGUUCAGCAAGAGAGGCAGCCAGCAGGGACGGAGGGCAAAGAGAACGAGUUGCUGCGCGUGAACACUAAUCAGCACCAUGGGACGCUGGACAGUUCCCGCGUGAGGCGCGAGCCACCGCUACUGCUGCUUCACGCUCGCUCUCGGGACAGCACGGACAACGACAGCCUCGCGCCUCCUCGAUACGACUCCUCGCCUCGUUACCGGAGCCCGGUUGAAAGCUGCCUGGACCUGCAGCAGCAACAGGUGAGAGCCGCAGACAGUCCCCCCUCCAGCCUCCUUCUAAUGAACGCUAACCCCGACGAGCGGCCGCCGUCCCUCCCUCACCCACCUCUACCGUUUGUCCAGUCCUUACCGGAGGAGGAGGUGUACGAGUGCCGGUACUGCGGGAAGAAGUUCCGUCGGCAGGCUUACCUGAAGAAACACCUGGCCGCGCACGAGACGACAGCGCGAGCGUCUCCGCCCCAGUCGCCGUACAGCCAGGCUCGCGAGAGCAGCGGCGGACAGAGCCAUGUGUUUCUGUGUCACCUGUGCGGCGCGCGCUUCCCGUCGGUUGAAAUUCGGGACAAGCAUCGUCUGUGGCACGCGAUGAGGGACGAGCUCCUGGCGGAGACGCUGGGAGCAGGAGGAGGAGGAGGUGGAGGACGCAGACCGGACGUUUUCCUCGCGCACAGGGAGGAGAGCGGCGGGGAUAGCGAGCAGCAGCAGCAGCAACAACAGAUGUUCACGUGCAAACACUGUCCCUCCACAUUCUUCAGCUCCCCGGGGCUCACGAGACACAUCAACAAGUCUCAUCCCACCGAGAACCGGCAAGUGAUGCUGCUGCACAUGACCGUGAGGCCAUGAAACGCACGCGCGAUGCACAUAUAAUAGCUAAUAUUGCUAAUAUUAAUGAUAAUAAUGAUGAGGAUAAUAAUAAUAAUAACAAUAAUAAAUAAGCCAAGAUUUUAUUUGGAAACAUGAACCGUCAUUGAUUCUCUUUAAAGGGAACGAUUAAUGGCGGCUUUUACUUUACACUGACGUUAUAAUAUUCACGUGUGGUUUUGUUGUGAAGUCGGACUGAGUUGAUCACUGCGUGUUAACAGGACGAGGACUACAGCUGUGCCUUUACUUUGAAGCUCAAUAAACAUCCAGGUGAUAAACUGACACUAGAGCGGCACUGAGAGCAUCUGAACACACAGGUAGACUUCUCUGAUGCUCCAGCAGGAUUGUAAUUCAACUGACUGUAAACCUUUUUUUUUUUUUUUUUUGGAAUGGGGAGGAGGGCAUUUUCAUUUACUAGGCAGAUCUAAGAUGUUCCAUUAUAACUAACAAUUAAAAAAAAAUACACUCAAGAGAAGAAUGUUAUGACGGAAAUAUGAAAGCAAAUCAAAACAAGCCUUCUUUUGGAUUUACACCAACACAAACGCUCAAUACUGAUAAUUAGUGAAAAUGAACUCACAAAAUGCCCAAACAGAAGCUUUAUAUGAAGCACACUGACGCACAUUUUUCUCUGAUUGUGGCAAAUGUUAAUAUUUCAAAGUAACCAGAUUAGCUCAGAGGCUCAGAAGUCAUCUUAUGUGUUAGGUUACAGGUUGGUGCGACAUCUGAAGCAGAGCCAGGUCAUACUUCACCAUCUAUAAUUAGAACGUGACCCUCCUUAACCUGACAACUGGAGACAGGAUCAAUGUCCUGACUGUGCUUCAAUUUCAUGUAGAGAGAAGAGUAAAUAAAAGUAGAGACAAACAAUUAGAUCAUAACAUGGCUUUUUUUAUUAAACGUGCCAGUUAACUUCUCAACUAUAAAAUAUUUUCUUACAGAAACGGAACAUUUAAUGUAAGUGGGCUACUGAUGGUAAACAAAAUGUCUUUUUGUGUUCAUUGCUUCUACUGUUGAGAUAUUUGGUAAAUGCCUUUAUGAUGCUAAAAUGUAACUGUGGUUCUAUGAAGCCUGUACAGUACUAUUUUGAUAUGGCUGAAGUUGAAUGUAGAAUUUAUGCUAAGUUAUUGUCAAUAAAUGUUAAUACGGUACGAUCAUGUGCAGGCUCACACCGUCGGUUUCUUAAAACAUUUAAAAACACACGUAUCUGAAUCAGUCAUUGGUUCGAAUCGUUUAUUGUCAAAUUCCAUCACUGCACAUCCACGCCGUGUGCACCUGGAACAGACGUUACACACGUUUACAUCCUCCAGGCUUGACAGUAACAGUCUGUGGAGUGUGUGUGUGUUGUGGUACAGCCGUUACAUGGUCGAAACAUGCAGUUAGUACUGAACUGGUGUCAUGCAGUGUGUAUAAUCAGUAGUUACAUAUAUCACCUUUGUCCCAAACCAACACGUGGACCACAGCUGAACCCGCAUCUGUCCCGGCCCUCGCUGUCAAAGCAUCCACUGACACACAACCAUUUAGAGAGAGGACUUUGAAGCUGCCGCAGCUCAAGUGUCAAGAGAGCUUGACUUUUUUUUUUUUCUCCUCUUCAGACGACAAAGAGGUCAGAUUUGAGACAAAAAGGAUGAAACAUAUAGAAACUGAGUCACAGUCCUCUACACCAACCGCUUCAGUGGAGCUGACGUGAUUUUUUUUAAAUGAUGCUGGAAGGCUUUGGGUGACUUGAGUAAAAUUUUGGUUGCUGCUAAUGGAGAACUGAUUAAACAAAACCAAGUUCAUAACCAAGAUGCGAUUUUCGAGGAGAUUCAGAGCAGAAUCUAAAGAGCACAGAGGAGUAUAGACAUGGCGUCGUUGUGCGGUUCGUGUACUGGGACAGAGCUGAAGGAACAGGCUCAGGUUGUCGAAGUGUUUAGGGUCUAUGUGCAGCACGGACCGCAUGUCUUAACCAGUCAGUAUGCUGCAACCUCAGCAAGAAUAACAACUAAUGCAAGUCAUGGAAAAGGGACAAUGCAAACACACAAAAUGUAACAGAACAUGAAUUUGACCUUAAUUUACAAUGGCAUUCUUCAAAAUAAACUAUUUCAACCCCCACAGAGGCGGGCAAAAACAAUAAUAAUAACAAUAAUAAUAAAAAAUGUUGUACAAUCCCUUUCCUCUCUACAAAAAAAAUCUAUGGCUGAAACAAAAAAACAAAAACAAAUACAGCAAACAUGGUUGUGUGUACACAGACUUCAAGCAGUGAAGUAUUAAGCCAAACCCUUUAACACAGAGGUCUGCAUUUUCAAAUCCAGACCUUAAGUGCAACGUGGAUGCUUCUCCUAUCAGAGAUCAGUUGUGCUACAGUAACAGGAUAUAACGCCGUGUAAAAGAAGAAUAUUCAACCCAGACGAGCUGUGAAAAACCACAGCCUUGACUUGUAAAUCCGGUAGUUAUUCAGGGCUCCGAUGGUGCCCCUCCCGACCGUACAAACUAAAACACCAGUUCGAAGGUGAUCGAGUGAAAUGAGGGCGUCAAACACGAGAGAGCCAUCUGCGAUAGCGUUAUCACGCCGGUCCCCUCCAUUCGCAAGUGGAGCUGGAAGUCUAAAUACAUGACUUAUUAAUAUUUUGUUUGUUUGUUUUUU